AUGGUAAGUCUUUGUUUUCGAAAACCUCUAUAUAAAUUGGAGGAUUUGGGAUUUUGUCGGGUCUAUUUACAAAUGUGUCAAAAAGCGUCUCCUUUUAUUAGCCUCAUUUUUAUUUUUAUUUUAUUUUUUCAACAAAAAAAGUUGCGAUUUAUUUUCAAUUAUGACGAAAUGAAACAGAUCUCGUGGCGAGUCUGAAUCAUAUUUUUUUUGGGGAAAUAAUUAUCAAAUUUAAAGUGUGUCCUGCUCUUGUCUAUACUUUAGUGAAACAUAAAAUGAUGCUUGAAUAAGUUAGUUAAUAAGACUUUAGGGUUAAUCAAGCAAACUCUCACAUGAUUUUUAAUUUUUUCCUGUUAGAAAAUAUGACAUGUGGUGUGACUUUCAAAAAAACAAAAAGAAGUUUUUGCCGAUUUUUAAUUCAUCGAAAAAUCUAAAACCGCACACAUAUAUUUUGCAAUUUGAUACGUUUGAUGCGCGCGAUGUUUUAAAUGGACCCGGCCAGCUUUUUUCAAUUUUUCUCGUUCAGAAAAGAAUAGAAAAAGUGAUAUUCAAAAUUUCUCUGAAUAGUUUCUUGUGAACUCCUUUUUCAACAAUUAUUUUCCUUUUUUUCCCAGCUGAACUCGUUUAAUACAUACUCACAAUUUUAUGGUAUGUAUUUAUGUAGACAUACACACUUUUUUCUUUUCUCUCCUUUUUUUGCAUCCUCCAAAUUUUUAUUGAGUUGUUGGUGCAAAAAAACCACUGAUUGGUCAGUUUUACUUUCUUUUUUUUAUUUUUUCCAAAAAAAAUGUUGCAGUUUUUUUUUAGAAAAGAGUGAUGCUUGAGUAUUACUAGAUUAUUUUUUGGAAAAUCAUUUAUUUCGGCAACCGAAGCUCAAAUAGGCACAGGAACUUUUUCUUGCAUACAAUUCCCACAGUGUUUGGAAUUUUUUUUUUUGGAAAAAAAUUCCAAAUGUUUUUUCUUGUGAUUCCACACGAGUAGCUUGUUAUCGAAUAUUCCCAAGUCUAGAAAAUUCCCAAAGAAAUUGAAUUUCAGAUGGGCGAAGAGGCUAAUGUCUUUGUCCAAGAUUCCGAUCGUGUUGCUGCAAUUGUAAUAUUUAUUGUGAGUUUUUUUGGAGAUCAAUAAUUUUGGGCACAGUUUUCUAAAUAUCCAAAAUUUUCAGACAAGUUUCAUCGGUGUCAUUUGCAACGCAUUCAUCGCAAUCUACAUAAAACGUCUCUCACUUCUCCGCAAUUCAUUCGGCCGACUUCUUCAACUUCAAGCAAUCGGUGAUGCCAUUUUUGUGUCUGUCUGGGCAUUCUAUUUCGCUCCAGUCCUCUUUUUGUUAGUUCGAACUACGAAGAGUAGAGAAAUUAGAUACAUUUUUUUUUUCAUUUCAGCGAUUUAAAAUUUCUCCAAAAAUUGUCGAUCGCGUCACGUCUUGCACAACUUUGCUUGAUUUGUUAUGAUAUCUCAAUCUACACACAUUUGAUAAUCUCAUUCAACCGGUAUGUUGAAAUCUUGAGAGUUUUUCAAAAAUAGUAAUUCUUCAGCUUCAUCUCACUUUAUUUUCCAACAAGUUAUCAAACAAUCUUCACCGAAAGAUUCACUACAGUAAUCGUCGCUUCAAUUGUAAUUGUGUCUUUUGCAUUCUCCUGGUACUUGGUGUACUGUAAGUAUUUCAUUUUUGAUUUACAUACUGUAAACAUAACCUACUUGUUUCAGUUGAUUGCCUAAUGGGUUUUUCAAUUUCUCGUUGGAUGCUUGAUUAUGUUUCUCCUCCAUGCAAUAUGAAUCAUGUUUAUUAUGCUGAAUUCGUUCGAGGUCUCAUAAUUAUCUCCGCAUUUGCUAUUGUCAAUGUUUUCACAUUUGUUCGAAUGCAUUUUCACAAUCGAAAAAAACAAAAUGGAAGUCAAUUCGAAACGACGCAACAGAAAAAACGAAGAGCUGUUGAGACUGCAUUUGUUCAACAGGUACAUAUCCUUUGUCAAAAUUUUCCCCCAAAAACUGGAUUUAAUUUCAGGUCACUCUUCAAGGUUUAAUCUAUGUCCUCGAACUUGUUACAUAUUUUUCAAUUGCAAGAUGGGUUCCAGUUCCAAGUGGAAAUAUCAGCGAAGUUUAUGAGUCACCAAAUCGCUGGCCAAACUUUUUACUGACAACCUAUGCUUGGAUUCUUGUACAUACUUUGGAUGGGUUAGUGAUUUUACCUGGGGAAUAAUUUGAACUGUGAUGUUUUUUUCAAUUCAGAAUCAUCACUCUCAUUUUCAAUCGGCAAUUCCGCAAAGUAUUUUCUCGUUCAUGGAGAUCUCACACAACGAUGAAUAUUUCGAAAACACAAUCAAGGUAUGUAUUCCUUUUUUUGUUACUCACAAGCGUUUUUUUUUCAAAACCUCACAGCAUUUUAGAAAAAAAAUCAAAACUUACAGAAGUGCAACAGGCGGUGGUUUGGCCGCAAAAGAAAGUUCGCCAACCACAUUUUUGUGAUUUUAAGUAGGGUUGAAUGGUUCGGUUAUUUUUUUCCCUUUUUAUUCAGUUUGCAUUUUUAUUUCUCCUUCCCGCUUACCCGCAUUUCCUCCCAAAAACAAAAAUGCUUUCUCGAGUCUAAAAAUUUUUUUUCCAGACGUCGUCGAUUCUUGGAAACGACCGCUACAAUUGUUCAAAAUGUUCCAACAACUACCCCUCUAUCGGGUUUUGGCGCCAAAAAAAAUUCAAAUACAUUUCUUGCCUGUACUUAUGUUUCCACAAAUUCCAAUGCUAUUUCAACUUCUUCAGUAAAUGUCUAA